CUCCCUGCGCUCGGCCCCCGCCGCAGCUUCCCCCCGCGCCAGCUCCGCGGCCCGGCCCCGCGCUCGCUCUCCGCCGCCGGCCGUUCGCCGCUCAUCUCCGCUCGGCUCCGCCGCGGGCCCUCCAUUCCUCUCCCUAACCACCCGCUAAUCCCCAUUCCUGGCCGGCGGCCGCCAGGGCGGGCGGGAAAGGGCUCUCGGAGGCGGACCCGGCGGCCAGGAUGUCCGGAGGGGACUCGGCGGCGGCGGCGGCCACGGCCUCCCCGCAGCCGCUGCCGUUCUCCCUGCCGAAGCCCCCUCCCCUCAUGCAGCUGACGCCGGGGGACGCCGUCCGUCCCGUCGCUUCGGCCGCCGACCAAUCGCCGAAGGGCACCCGGCUGGCGGGGCGCCCCGAUUGGCCGGCCGGCAAGCCGGUCAGCCUGCUGGCCCCGCUGCUCCCGCCCCGCGGGGAGCCCGAGCCGCUGAUGCCCUUCGGCCCCUCGUCGCGGCAGCCACUCAGAGGGCGCCUUCUUGGCAGGUGCGGCGGGGGCAGCUUGCUCAGCCCCUCCAUGCGGCCCGGCGCUGUGGACCGCAGCUCUCUUAUGAUGGGACACCCAGGGAUGCCGCAUUACCCGCCCAUGGGAAUGCACCCCAUGGGGCAGAGGCCACCAAACAUGCCUCCAGUUCCACAUGGCAUGAUGCCUCAGAUGAUGCCCCCGAUGGGAGGACCACCAAUGGGGCAGAUGCCUGGAAUGAUGCAGUCAGUCAUGCCUGGAAUGAUGAUGUCUCACAUGUCCCAAGCUGCUAUGCAGCCUACGGUUCCGCCAGGGGUGAACAGCAUGGAUGCACAAGUAGGUGUGACACCUCCUGGAACUCAGACAACACAUCCCGUGGUUUGUGCAGCUCAGCAAACAUCCACGACCAACAGUUCAGGCAGCGAGGAGCACUCUAAACAGAAAUCGACGUGGACGGAGCACAAAUCGCCCGACGGCAGAACCUAUUACUACAACACUGAAACAAAGCAGUCCACGUGGGAGAAGCCAGAUGAUCUUAAAACACCUGCUGAGCAAUUGCUGUCUAAGUGCCCCUGGAAAGAGUACAAAUCUGAUUCUGGAAAGCCAUACUACUACAACUCCCAAACUAAGGAAUCACGCUGGGCAAAACCCAAAGAACUCGAAGAUCUGGAAGCACUGAUCAAAGCUGAAGAAAACAGCACCAAGACUGAAGAAUCUGCUUCAGCAGCUUCUGCUGCAGCCGAUGCAGCCAACGCAGCCACCACAGCCACGGCUGCUGCUGAGGCUGCCACAGCUGGUGCUGCUGGUGCUGCUGCAGCCUCCGAAACAGAAAGCACUGCUGCCUCUGCUGUGGUAGAAAACGAGAGUGUUGCUGCAGCCACAGCUGAGGAUCAGGGGCAGCAAGCAACUUCAGCUCCUGCAGCUCAGGAACAGGGUGCAGAAGGUGCUGCUAACGCAGCUGAUGACUCCAAGCAGGACGGUUCAGCAGAUGCUUCAAAGAAGGAGGGCGAUGAUGCGCAGCCAGUUAAAAAAACCUACACCUGGAAUACAAAAGAAGAAGCAAAACAGGCAUUUAAAGAACUCCUAAAAGAAAAGCGAGUACCAUCCAAUGCUUCUUGGGAGCAAGCCAUGAAGAUGAUCAUUAAUGAUCCUAGAUACAGUGCUUUGGCAAAGCUGAGUGAAAAAAAGCAAGCCUUUAAUGCUUACAAAGUUCAAACAGAAAAAGAAGAAAAAGAAGAAGCAAGAUCAAAAUACAAAGAAGCUAAAGAGUCCUUCCAGCGUUUUCUGGAAAACCAUGAGAAGAUGACAUCCACAACACGAUACAAAAAAGCUGAACAAAUGUUUGGGGAGAUGGAGGUCUGGAAUGCAAUAUCUGAGCGUGACCGCCUGGAGAUUUAUGAAGAUGUUUUGUUUUUUCUGUCUAAGAAAGAAAAGGAACAAGCCAAGCAGUUACGGAAGAGGAACUGGGAAGCUCUGAAGAACAUCCUUGAUAACAUGGCCAACGUCACUUACUGCACGACUUGGUCAGAGGCUCAGCAGUACCUGAUGGACAACCCUACGUUUGCAGAAGAUGAGGAACUUCAGAAUAUGGAUAAGGAGGAUGCACUGAUCUGCUUUGAGGAACACAUCAGGGCAUUGGAAAAAGAAGAGGAAGAAGAAAAACAGAAAAGUUUACUGAGAGAAAGAAGGCGGCAGCGGAAAAACAGAGAAUCUUUUCAGAUAUUUCUAGAUGAGCUGCACGAGCACGGACAGUUACAUUCAAUGUCCUCUUGGAUGGAGCUGUACCCAACCAUAAGCUCUGACAUCAGAUUCACUAACAUGCUUGGUCAGCCUGUUUCUUCAUCAGGAUCAACAGCGCUCGAUCUCUUCAAGUUCUAUGUUGAAGACUUAAAAGCACGUUACCACGAUGAAAAGAAGAUCAUAAAAGAUAUCUUAAAGGAUAAAGGAUUUGUAGUGGAAGUGAACACUUCUUUCGAAGACUUUGUUACAGUCAUCAGUUCAACUAAGAGAGCCACCACUUUAGAUGCAGGAAAUAUCAAGCUGGCUUUCAAUAGUCUGCUGGAAAAGGCAGAAGCCCGUGAAAGAGAAAGGGAAAAAGAAGAAGCUCGCAAAAUGAAGCGGAAAGAGUCUGCCUUCAAGAGCAUGCUGAAACAGGCUACUCCUCCCAUCGAGCUGGAUGCUGUCUGGGAAGAUAUCAGAGACAGGUUUGUGAAGGAACCAGCAUUUGAAGAUAUCACUCUAGAGUCUGAAAGGAAAAGAAUAUUUAAAGAUUUCAUGCAUGUACUCGAGCACGAGUGCCAGCAUCAUCAUUCAAAGAACAAGAAACAUUCUAAGAAAUCCAAAAAGCACCACAGGAAGAGGUCUCGCUCUCGCUCGGGCUCGGAGACAGAGGAUGAUGAUAGCCAUUCAAAGAAGAAAAGGCAGCGUUCAGAAUCUAGAUCUGCUUCUGAGCGUUCUUCCAGUGCAGAAUCUGAGAGAAGUUACAAGAAAUCAAAAAAACACAAGAAAAAGAGCAAGAAAAGAAGACACAAGUCUGAUUCACCAGAAUCUGAUAUUGAACGAGAAAAAGACAAAAAAGAAAGAGAGAGAGAAAGUGAAAAGGAUAGAGCUAGACAAAGAUCUGAAUCAAAACAUAAAUCUCCGACUAAAAAACGACCUGGAAAAGAUUCUAUUGAUCUCAAAGGAGAUGAGGACAGCUGGUUAAACGCUGAGGGCAACUGGGACACCUCGGGCAGCGAGCUGAGCGAAGGGGAGUUGGAAAAGCAGAGGCGGACUCUUUUGGAACAACUGGAUGAAGAUCAAUGAGAACGUUAUUUAUACCAAAUAUGUUUACAUUGUGGCAUAAUAAAAGAAACCAAUGUUUAAUUCAGGAUGUGGGUUCUGAUAUCCUGAGUUCCAUUGUUGAAAUUAGGGUGGGUUUUAAUUUUACCACAUAAAUACAUCCAAGUAUUCUUACGGGCCCGGCCCCAAACCUACAAAAGUGAAUGAAAUUCUGAGUUAAGCCGAAUGUCGUUGGGCAGCACGGGUGCUCUGCUCCCCUGGAGGGAGUCCUGGAAGGGAACAGCGCCAUGGAAGACGCCUCGGGUCUCACUGGACCUCACCUGCAGGCUGAGCAGAGCCUCGGCACCUUUCUAGCAAAGCAUCUCUGCGGUGCACUCCUUCCUAGAAAGGCAGUAACUGUUCUUCCUGGCCGUGCAGGCAGGUAGAGCUUCGUUUUUUAGAAAGAUUCUUAAUAUAGUUUCUUGUGGCUUAAUUUGUUUUAUGAAUUUGUUGUUAUUUUUGAAAGGGGGAAGGCAAUGGGUGUAAUGAAUCCGUUUCUUGAUCUGUACUGCAAAAAAAACCUGUCAGCUAUUGGAAUUGCUCCUUCAUGAUCCGCGUUCCUACCCAACCCGUUCCAAGCACUUAUGUGAAACAGAAGACUGCUGAGAGAUUCCUGUCCAACAAUCACUUCCAAGUGAGAUUGUACAGUAAUUAAAAGCAGACGUGGCUGAUGGGACUGCAUUCAGCCUCCACUGUGGCAUCAGCAGAGGGUGCUGCCGCUCACAGCCGCCUUCUGUGUUCACAUAAAGCAGCUCCGGAUGUUCUCUCUGUGCUUAUCUUCACUAUCAAAAAUCAAACUGUAAGUUGAGACGUUGCCUUACAAACCUGCUGAAGAAUGUACCAGCCCCACACAAACAGCAGCUGCAGCAUCCGUGCAGGACGUCAGCGUCAGCCCAGCCCUCGCAGCGCCGUGCUGCUGUGGUACACCUUCUGCAACCUUUGAUUGGAAUAUUUUUGUACAUUUCUAGCAAUUAUUAAACCUUGUCUUCUGCUGUC